UUCAAGUCAAAUUCAACUCCCUUGUUCAUUGUCGAAAUAUAGCUGGGUCAGCUGCACGCGGUUCGAUUUAUUAUUAUUUUAGUUUUACUUUUAUUGAGUGAAUGUUGUGUUUUCGUCUUUUAUUUGAUUUUUUAACAAAUUUCUUCAUAAAAAUUUUCACAAAAAAUGGCACGAACUUUCGAUAGAAAAGCUCAGGAAUCAUUCCGAGAAUUGGAAGAUGAACGGUGCUGCACACUAUACGCCGACGAUCCGAAUGUUUUCGCUGUUGAUGAAAUCGUAGAUAUUCGAGCAGUCACCACUGAGAUUGAAUAUUUGGUAAAGUGGACCGGCUAUACUGCGGUAUGGAACGAAUGGGUAUCCGAGCGGAAUGUGACUUCUGAUUUGAAGAGAGAAUUUUCAAGAGCGAACAAGGAGAAAGUGAUGAAAUGGAUGAAGAGAGUAAGAGCGCUAGAGGAACGUCGAAAAAAUAUCAAAAUUGAGACCGGCGCUACAACAACUAUUAAGAAAGAAUUCGAAGAAGAGAAGCCAAACGAAUCUCAGCUUUCACUAUGGACUGCUGUGAAAAAAGAAGACAAUGAACGAGAGGUUACGCCGACGUCUGCGACAUUGUCGGAUCAAUCGAUCAUUGGAAACAAUAUACCGGUAUCGGUUCAGCUGAAGACGGAAUUUGAAUGAAGAAAAUUGGUUCUUUCCAAGAGCGCGUAAAAGAUAUCUAUUUUAUUCAGUGGCCGAUUAAAUGUGAUUUCUCGACCAAUUUCGAUCGCGGCGCGUUAACUUGUCAGUGAAAGUGAUGAUUAAAGAUGUCAAUUAACUUUGGUCGAUCGUGUUCAAAUAGUGAAAUGAAUGGAAAUUAUUUUUUUUUUGCAUCGCUCUGAGAGUUGUAAAAAUCUAGUUUUAUUACCUCGUCGUUCCCUAUUUUUAAAUUUGUAUAUUUUUUUGUUAAACCUAAUUAAAUCCU